GGCGGGGCCUGCCCGGAGCCAGGCGGGACCGCACCGGCCUCCGCGUCGCAGCUGCUGCGGAGCCGGCACCAGGCACCUCCAGAGCCAAGAUGGUGACCUGCGGCCUCCUGACAAGUAGCAACAAGCCAGUGCCACUGCGCCGUGUUGCGGUGGACGUGUGCAUCCAGAGCUUUGUGGCCGAUGUGAGCUCCGAGCUGCUGUACAAGAAUGAGGAAUCGGACCCUGUGGAGGCUAUCUUCACCUUCCCCAUGGAUGCCGACUCGGCUGUCUAUGCCUUCCAGGCCCGCAUCCAAGACACCAUCAUCAAGGCCCAGAUCCAAGACAAGAAGGAGGUGACGUCAAGGAAAGAGGGUCCCAGAGCGGGGGGAGAGGCAGGGAUGCAAGGGGGGAGGAAUUCUGGGGGGGACGUGUUCACCUGCUCCCUCGGGAACCUGCCCCCAGGGGAAGAGGCAGUGCUGUCACUGCGUUACGUCCAGGAGCUGCCCCUUGAGGCGGACGGGGCCACGCGCUUUGUCUUGCCAGCUGUGUUGCAUCCCCGCUACGCACCACAGGGAUGGGAAGAGGAGAAUGUCACCGCAGGUGUCCCAUAUGUGUCCAAGGGAGAACUGCCCUAUACCCUGAGCCUGAGCGUCAGCCUGCAGUCACCCCACGGUAUUGCCCGUGUCCACUCCAACUGCACCCUCACCCCCUUGAACUACACAGCGCAGGACCAGACUGCUGCCCAGGUAAGGGAGGACGGCCCUUGCACCCAGAACACAGCCAGCUCCCCCACCCUCACAAGGGUGGAUUGGAUGGGGUCUGGAGUGGAGCAGCUUGUUUCGGGUUUUUUUCCCCACGUUUUCAUCCAAAAAGAGUUUGGUGUAGGUUUUAGGGCUUUCCUCUGCACUUAUGAAGUGGGAGGGUGGGCUGGGGUCUCCAGCUCUGAGAGUUUAUGUGCUCUCCCCCAGAUCUUUGUUUUCACUGAUGGGGAGGUGGGCAACACACAGGAAGUCAUUGCUGAAGUCCAGCGUCAUCACAGGUCCCACAGGUGCUUUUCAUUUGGCAUUGGACAAGGGGCUUCCACAGCUCUGAUCAAAGGCAUCGCCGAGGCAGGCGGGGGCUUCGCUGAGUUCAUCAUUGGCCAGGACCGCAUGGCCGCCAAGGUACUACGGUCUCUGAAGUGGGCCCUACAGCCAGCAGUUACCGGGAUCUCUCUGAGCUGGGAGCUGCCCCCUGGGAUGGAGGCAGUACCAUUGAGGCCAGACCCAAAGGUGAUCUUCCAGGGACAGCGCCUCCUCGUCUAUUCCCAGCUCCGUGGACAGCCAAAGGCCCCAGAGUCCUCUGUGGGAAGUGUCACGCUGCAGUAUACCAUUAAAGAUGAGACCUUCAAGGACACGGUGCAGUUUCCCCUGCAGCCGCAGGAAGGAGACAGGUUGCCCAUUCACCGCCUGGCAGCCAAGGCCCUGCUGCAGGAGCUGGAGCCAGGGGUAUCAUCUGGCUCAGAGGAGAGCCGUCACCGGGCACUAGAAGCAAGUUUGAGCUCAGGAGUGGUGUGCUCCCUCACAGCCUACGUUGGGGUUGACACCAAACAGGGGCAGCCGGUGCAGGGACCCCUGAGAAGACGCCCCAUCCCACUGGCAGCUCCAGUCUUCUCCAUGAUGGCACCAGGCUCUCCCUUAAUACUGCCGUUCUGCGGACAAGCCUCCACAAUGUUAUUCUCAAAGAGCUUCAGUUUGCAACCGGACAGCACUGAAAUGCUCCAAUCAGACGCGAACUACCUUCUUGAGCCCAUCCCCCAAGCUAUAGGCUGCUGUAGGAUUGAUAGCGCAAACCAAAGGGCAGUGAACAUGGUCCCUGAGAGCCUUUUCCGGAGUCGCCGCAGCUGCGGCACCCCACAAAAAAAGACAAUGAAAAUGGCAAGGUGCGAGAUGCAGACUAAGGGGGUCCUAGUACCACUUCCCAAAGCAUCUCCCCUGAUAAAGCUGGUCUCCCUUCAGAACGCCAAUGGCUCGUGGGGCCUUGACUCCGCCCUGGCUUCUGCGCUUGGAGUGAGUGAAACAGAUGUCAAGGGCAAAAUGCCCACUCCAGUCUUCUCCAUGAUGGCAGCUCCCCUUCUGUCACCAUUGCUCGGGGCAGCCCCCAUAAUGUUGUGCUGUAGUCUGCAACAGGACAGCACUGAAAUGCUCCAAUCAGACGCGAACUACCUUCUUGAGCCCAUCCCCCAAGCUAUAGAAGCAUCUCCCCUGAUAAAGCUGGUCUCCCUUCAGAACGCCAAUGGCUCGUGGGGCCUUGCCUCAUCCCUGGCUUCUGCGCUUGGAGUGAGUGAAACAGAUGUCAAGGGCAAAAUGCCCAGUGAGGGUGUGGAGCCCGGGGUCUGGGCGACGGUGCUGGCUGUGGUCUGGCUGCAUAGCCGCAGUGCAGCGCAGCGCGAGGAGUGGGAGCUGCUGGAGAUCAAGGCCGUGGGCUGGCUGCGCAGUCGAGCUGGAUCCAUCUCCCAGCUGGACAAGUGCCUGGAGGCAGCCAAUGCCCUGCUGGGCUGCUCCGUGGCUGCCACUGUCUUUGGGCUCUGAGACUCUGCUUCUCCACCCUGUGCUUCGGCCCCCAGACUCCCAACACCUGCAAG